AUGUUGAUCGAGCAUAGGUAUCUUCGCUCGGGAGGAGCACAAGCUGUGGAAGCUUCCAAGGACCUUGUGCUGAAGGCCGUCUACUCUCGCUCAUUAAAAUCCGCAAAGAGUCUUGAGGUGGAUGAAGCACAGGUUGAUCUCUACUCAGAUGACUCGGGCGCUGCCAAAUCUUUAGACGAUCUUCUGGCCCGAUCGGAUAUCCAGGCGGUCAUCAUCGCCUUACCGAUCAAGAACCAGCCGGACUACAUUCGCAAGGCGCUGUUGGCGGGCAAGCAUGUCCUCUCGGAGAAGCCAGUGGCCGAGAACGUGAAGGACGCUGCGGAAUUGAUUAAAUGGUAUCGGUCAGAGAUAGAACCGAAAAACGUGACCUGGGCCGUGGCUGAAAAUAUUCGAUACACGAAUUCUUUUAUUCGUGCUGCAGAGGUGGUGGAGACAAAGGGUCGGCAACUGACUUUCAGAUGCCGACUGCAGACGCUUGUCCAGGGUGGGAAGUAUUUUGAGACUGAAUGGCGGAAGAGUCCGACGCACCAGGGUGGAUUUUUGCUUGACGGCGGCGUGCACUUCACUGCCGGGCUUCGAAUGAUGAUGGGCAAAGAUAAUCCGUUGGUAACCCUGUCGGCUCACUCUGCACAGCUUCAAGAACAUCUCCCACCAGUUGAUACUGUUGAAGCUACAGCAAAGAGCAAGAAAGGUGCCGUGGGCACGAUAUCCAUCUCAUUUGGAACGACUCACAAGGGGAGUGAAUGGGCUGUUGGAUGUGAGAAAGGUUCUGUCAGCCUCUCCGGCAAUAAGGUUACGUAUGAUGAUAAGACUGAGGAGGUCAAGGAUGAGAAGACAGGCGUGCCGGGAGAAGUGAGAGCGUGGGGAGAGGCAUUAGCAGCUGGGAAGGUCAACGAAAGACAAUCUCCUGAAGAAGCUUUGGCAGAUCUUGAGUUGAUCGAAGCUAUGUUGCAAAGUGGAAAGCAGGGAGGGGUCCCCUUCAAAUUAGAAUACCAGGAAUUGUAG